AUGAACGCGCCAAAGAUGUCAAGCCUGAGGGGUGUCGAUCCUGAAUCGAAAGUUCUCCUGCCCAAACCUCAUCGCCACGACAAGUCCAAAGAGGUUCCGCAAUCCAGUUUGAAGGAAACGUCUUUCUGCUGGCUGGAACCUGCGGACAGGUAUUCGAUGAUUUGCGACGUUGCUGCGGAUAGCCUCGUUUUCCCGAUUCACGUCCCUGGGUAUCUCUGGCCAAAAGAUGCUGAUGUCUAUCAGAAAGAAGGUUUAUUUGGCAUUUUUUUCCACGGCGGCGGUUGGGGAGGAGGAUACACCAUGGGUAACGCAGGCGAAACAUUCGGUGAUUCUGGUUUGUACUGGCCAAGCAGCAGGAGGGUUAUUGGACACCAGUUAACUGUUCUCGUCUCUAGACAUCGUCCGGAAAAUUUUAAAGGCGAGAAAAUGCGCAUUUACCCAUUUGGCCUUAUGCUAAUGAAGUACCUUGAUUGCCAAAAAAUCCUGAAACUUCCUCGAGCUUUGAUACUUCUCUCGCCCUGGAUAGACAUGGCCCUUGACCAUGUGCUGCAUUUAUCAAAAGGAAGAUUGAGGCCUAACGCCGAGGUGGACGUUGUCGUUACCUCAUAUGUGGAAAACCUCAGGUUCUUGGGUCAUCAUCCCGUUGGGAGCCUUACAUCUCCUUACUUCUCAGCCAACCUUGCACCACCAGGUUCAUACGUGAAUUAUCCAAUCACUUACCUGUCCAUCGGGGAUUGUGAAACGUUCCUGCCGGAAAGUCUGCAGCUGAUCGACCUCAUGCGUGGAGACGGUGUCGACGUCACUUUCGAUUGCCAAAAGAUGCUGUUCACAAUUUCCUCCCCAAGACUGCCAUACCCGUUCCUUCUCGCGCUGCCAAGGAUCGUGUAUUGGAGAACGUGGCGAACUGGAUAA